AUGAAUCACGCAUUUCUUGCGGAUGCUUGGCGGAGGUCGAGAAGGCGGGACCGUUUAUGGUACCAAGAGAAGUUGAUGCCAGCACUCCGGGCGGCUAAAGAGCGGCAAGCGAGAGACAUUGAUGUAUCUAUAGCGCUCACUGAAGAACUAUUGAAAGCGUAUAAUGAACCUGUCCCACAAUCAACAACCAUUCCUCCGCAUGUUCUAAUUCCUAUGGAAGAUGACAGUCUUAUGAAACCAAUAGAACCAGAAGUAACAAAUUUGUUUUACGGAUCUACUGAAAAAGGCGCUGCAGAAAAAUAUUUGAAAGCACGAUAUAAAAAAUCGCCUGAAGAUAGAUUCUAUUUCCGCCUGACGUCUAACUGGGACUACGGCUGGCAGCAGAAGCAAUGCCGCCUGAAGCCACGUGAUGUCAAUCACGGCCGAUGUGCUAUCUUACGGGACACUUUCUAUCGCAAGAAUAAUUUAGCACCAGAUCCCAGACAUUACUCGAGUCCCGCUGGUGGAGAGUUCUCUAUAUGUAGCGAGUACUCUUGCAGCGCUAAUUAA